CCAUUGGGUUCAAGUAUGGAGUCAGUAUUGAGAAUAUGACGGAACGAAUAUACUUUUUUAAUAAUGAAUUUCAACUUAGUUUUACACAUUCGAGGAUAGCUAUUUGAGUGGUUAUUGCGAGAGAGAUAUUUAUUUCACGUUUGUCCAUCAUUGUAUUGCUCUUCAGUUUGAGAGCUGAAUCAUCAAAAUUUUCACUAGAAUAUAUAUAUAUGUGUGUAUGAAACACAAUGGGGAAAUUAUUGUCUAAGAUAUUUGGUAAUAAGGAGAUGAGGAUUCUAAUGCUGGGUCUUGAUGCAGCUGGGAAAACAACAUUACUAUAUAAAAUGAAACUAGGUCAAUCAGUCACAACCAUUCCCACAGUAGGAUUCAACGUGGAGACAGUCACAUAUAAAAGUGUCAAAUUUAAUGUUUGGGAUGUGGGCGGCCAAGACAAAAUUCGACCGUUGUGGAGGCAUUACUUCACUGGCACCCAGGGACUUAUAUUUGUGGUGGACUGUGCAGAUAGAGAUCGCAUUGACGAAGCAAGACAAGAGCUACACCGUAUCAUUAAUGAUAGGGAGAUGAGAGACGCCAUUAUACUCGUGUUUGCCAACAAACAGGACCUUCCAGAUGCAAUGAAACCACAUGAAGUGCAAGAGAAACUUGGCUUGACGAGAAUAAGAGAUCGCAACUGGUAUGUACAGCCAUCAUGUGCCACGACAGGUGACGGCCUCUUCGAAGGAUUAACAUGGCUCACAUCCAAUCACAAGUCAUGAAACAAAUGUUCUUAGAUUUGUUUUAUUACUAGUUUUUGUUAGUAUAUUUAUUCUUAUACAUAUAAAACUAUACAUAGGUACAUAAUGUUAUACAGACUUUUUUUUUUUGUAGCCAUUGUCCACCGUAGUCUAUCUAUUGCUGAAAUAAUCUUGAGUCAUUUCAAACACUGCUUGAUCUUAGUAUAGUAUGAGGCCUUCAGAAAGUGGAGGUUUUACAUUUUAUUUUUAUUGUAUGGACUUUUUAAUAUGUCGGAGAGGUGCAGAAAAGGCAAUGUUUUAAUUACCUUUAUAUAAAUGUUUGGUUUUUGUUUGUACUAAUCAUAAUUUUUUUUUCACUAUAAUAAGCAUGAAUGUUAAAGCCAUCUUUUAUGAUAGGGUUUCAUUAAAUCAGUUAAAAGUUAACUUCGAAAUGCAGAUUAUAACAUUUGUCUAUAAGAUUACUAAUUUUUUAUUUUUUUUUUAAUUUUAAUGAUUCAUCUAUAUGAGAUAAAUGUAGGUCUAGCUGGGACUUUUCUGGGUCCGGAUUAUUCAUGAUAAUGAUCAAUGCUAGUGGUGCCGGGGGGGGGGGGGAGAAGGGGUUUCAUUUGGCAUGUAUGCAUCUCUGGCCUCGGCAAGACAAAACGUCAAGUUUGUUGGAACUGAGCUUCUGUUGCUUCUUAUGCACAUUGGGCGUGAGUUUCAAGGGGCUGGACAGCACCGGGGUCAUGGGCUGGAUAAGGGCACACGGACCAUAGAUUGGGCAUCAGUGAUCAUUAAAACAAUUUUCAACAUUUUUCAGAGUGGAUACUAUCACCUGGUGAUUUGCUUCCCUUAAUGUUUAUAUGUCUGUACAGACUAUGUUGUAGCUGGCUAUAGUGAACUUGUAUUGGAAGGUAGAUUGCUAAUUUCAUAUUCAUAUGAAUUGUAUGCUCUAGAUUUCUUUUGGUGGGUCUUACUUCCCUUACCCUGUCGUUGACAGCAUUGUUGCUUGGUUGUUUACAUUUUUACCAGAAUGAGAGACGAAGUUUUGAAAGUUUUUUUUUGUUUGUUUUUUUCUUGUGGUUCUAAAAGAUUUAGAGAGGAAAAAGGCUGCGGUGAAUGUGCGAAAGAAAUGUCUCUGUGAUUGAUACUUGGUCUAAUGUCAAGCCGAGAAAGUGAGAGAGACUUUGCUAAGGUUUAACUUCAUGUUGGCUUGAAGUGUUUGUUGAUGUACUGUCUUGGUUUUGUACAAAAGAAAUAAUUCUUACUUAGCAUAAGAGAGAGCCUAAUAAAUCUGAUUUAAUUUGUAUUUUAUGUUAUUUGUUUUGUUUUUUUUAAUUUGCUGCUCUGUCAUGUUAUGCAAACAUUUUUUUUUUUUUUUUUUUUUUUUUUUUUUUUUUUAGUAAUUAUUAGCUCCUGUGCCUUAUAUUAGUAUCACUGAAAGGUCGCCCUAAACAAAAAUAAUAAUGGGUCUUUCCUGGGAAUGUAAGAAGUUCCGGGUUAUGGUAAUUCUUGCUAUUGAUAAAGAUUUAGACCUAAAUGUAACUAACAUCCUUUGCCGCUCAGAGUAGGGCCUUUUUUUUUUUUUUCUAGAGCUGUAUGCUGCUAGUGCCAUGCCUUUCAUGUUAAGCUCUUCUAUAUAUUUGUAAGUAGAUGAAGUUGGGUUUAUUUUUAAAACAUUUUUAAUGUUUUAGUAUUGACACUGCAUGGUGAUGCCCCUUGGAUCUCUGCUUAAGUCUAGCUGAAAUCAGAAUAGCAUACCAAAAAAAAAAAAUUUUUUUUGUUUUUCAAAAUUUUGAUUAUAUUGUUUUAUAGAAUUGUAUUACUAAAGUAGAAAAACUAUAUGAAUAUUUUCAAAACUGAAAUAAUUGUUCUGAAUGACCUCAAAAUGUUUUUGUUUUUUUCAGCAAACUGUAAGGUUUUUAAAUUCAUUAUGACUUGUAUCAAUUUGUAACAAAUAGAAUCAGCACAACAUUAUUUUAAAUUGUUUGCAUGGUUAUAGAUUUUUGUUUUCUCCAAUGUUAAGGUCAUUGGCAUUGCAGUAAGAGAAUAUAAUAAAUUUGAUAGACUAAAGUAUCAUUCCAAGUGACACCAUCACAUAUCUAUAUGUCGGCUCAAAUGAUGUUUAAUUGUGCAUAUUAUAAAUAGUGAUGUUAUAUAACUAGCUCAGUUAUGGCUUAAGCUGCGCUGUCACUUCUGUAUGCUCUGAAAUAAGAACAUUUUAUUUGGCGUUUCCAUUAGCUGCCACCAAGCCAGUUCACUCAAUUCCCUUGUCAGAAAGCAUCUUUUGUCUAUGGUGUCUGUUAACAAACGAUUUCUUGGCAGAGAGCACCUUUAGUGAAGGUUCAAGUCAACUUUUGACUAAAUAUUACUUUGGAAGAAAGUGUGUCAGGUUAAGCUGACUGUAACAGACCCAUUUAUUAUAAUUAUGUAUUAUUUACAUUAUGUUGGCCUAACCAUUUGUAAAAUAAGUUAUGCUUUUUUUUUUUUUUAAACUUCUAAAACAAAUCAUUAUGUGUUACUCUGUUGACUUCUAACUAGGUUUCAUGUUCUUUUUUUUUUCCCUGUCCCUAGUCCAGUUGUAAAUAUCUCUCUGCUUGGACAAGACUGUGUUUGAAGCCAGACUGUCACGCUGGUAGUCUCUGCUGUAUGUGUCUCUUAGUGUAUAUAUAUAUAUUCAGACAUGACCGUACCGAAUGCUUUGUUGGUUUCUACUUUGUACGAGAACAAAAGGACUUGUUGACCCUCUGAUUAAUACCUCAAUGUAUUUCUUAGUAGUAUUUCUUUUACCCACUUCAUACAAUUUUUUUGUUUCUGCAAAGAUUAGCAUCAUAAAAUACUUAUAAUCGAGUAAUUUUUUUAAAAACUAACUCUAUUAUCUCAUGGAAGAACAAAAACUGAAGAGAAAAAAAAAGGCGUAUUCUUGUCAGCACAAACACUAUGUACUUUAUUGACCAUGCUAAAUAAGUGAUCCCCCAUUUCCAAGUUCUAUGAUUAAAUUAUUGCUCUCUGCUUUGUCCUGGUGAGACAAUUGUAUAGACAUGUCAUCUCAUUUUUUUUGUUUUUCCCUUUCUCAUCAUUAUGUUUGUACAGAUUUCAUUCUAGCCUAUUGAUGAGCACUUUUCACAAAUUAAAACAUACUGUAUACAAUGGAGAAUGAUA